GCCUCUCCUCUCGCCUUUCGCCGGCGCCUCGCCUCUCGCCUUUCGCUGUCAACCAAGCAAUGGCGUCUUCAGGGAUCUCCUCCACGAGUCGGGUGUCGACCAGCGGAAGCGAGGGCACGCAGGCGCCGUCGCAGUCGCCGGUUCCUACCGACAUGGCCCAAUGGAGUAAGAGCCGCCGCAGUAUUGCCGUUGUGACAUGAAAGCCCCGAGAUGGAUCUCAUGGAGCCCGAAGAACCCAGGGAGGAGGUACUACAACUGCGGCAAAGCAUUGGGAGUCGACUGCAGAUAUUUUCUUUGGCAUGAUGAUCCACACAGUCCAUUUGUGAGCAUGUUGCUUGGUGAUUUGCGCGAUGUUGUGUAUCGACUGAAGGAUCAACUGAGGAAUGAAAAUGACUUGCUCAACGCCAGCUUGUCGAAGAACAAGUUGUUGGAUGCGUAUGUGUGUGAUUUGGAAGUCAAGCAUCAUGGAGAAGUUGCUGUCCUGAAGAAGAAGAUUCAGAAUCUGCAGUUCUGCCUUGUGGUUGCUGUUCUGUUUUGCCAUUUCCUUCUUUUGGAAAUGAUUUACAUCAUAAAAAAAAUUAGUUUGCGAAUGACUCAAUUAUGUAUGCUGUUAAGCAAGAUUCAGAAUGUAUGCUGGAGAAGUUGAUGUCCUGAAUGUAUGUUGUACUAUGAAAACACGCAGAAUUUGUACUGUGUAAUGUUAUGCAAAAUUAAGAAUU